AAAAAAACGAAACGGUUGACAAAGAUGGUCAUGGUGACGAAGGGGCCGAACUAAAAAACGAAGAGGGCGCGAAUGAUAAGUGUCUUCAAAAUGAUUCCUCAGAAAGUGCAGAACGAAAGGGAAGAAAAAAAAGGAAAAUUCAAAAGGAUGAUUUAAAAAGUUGCGAUGGAGAAAAUGAGGCGAACUGUAAGGGAAUCGAAAACGUAUCAGGAGAAAAAGAAGAUGAGGGAACCCUGUCAAGUGACGACAAAAGCUCUAGUAGUGAUGAAGACCAUGACGGUUUAUUGCUCACUUCCAAGUUUAAAAAAAAGUUCAGCGAUUUGUUACUCAAGUUAAAAAGCAAAGAUGCCAGCUUGCUGCCCAAGGAGGGCGAUUUUUUUUUCCACGACAGUGAUUUUGAGACGGACAUGUCGGACGACGGGGGAGGCGGCGAAAGGGGAAAAAUUGACGAAGUUGACGAAGUUGGCCAAGUUGAGGAAGAUGGCCAAGUUGGCGAAAGCGCCGCAAAGGGGGGCAGCCUGAACUAUGAGGACUACUUCAAAGACAUACUAAUGAAGGACGGGUCACAUGCCAUUGAUCAGGAGGAGGAAGAACUGAUCGAGAAGGAAAAAGAAGCCUGCUCGCAAAAAAAUAAAAAGAGCUACCUAAACGAGCAGGAGGAAUUAAAAAAAAAAAUUAUAGAGGCAUGCAAAAUUGCAGAACAACAAAACGAAAAUGAAGGAGACGAUGAAAAUUUCUUCACUAUAAAGGAAAAAACAGAAAAAGAAAUUUUGGAGGAGAAAGCAUAUUAUGAAAACUUCUUAAAGACAUCCAAAAUUGUCAAAGAAGAGGAUGGACUGUUAAAGGAAUACUGGAAUGACAAUUUAAAUAAAGAUGAAGAAUUUUUAAGGGACUACAUUUUGAAAGAAUUGUGGAGGGAAGAUAAAAUACACAACGUUUAUGAAGACAUUGACGAAGUUGACGAUGAAGAUUUGGACAAAGCUGCCAAGUUUGAAAAGACGUACAAUUUUCGAUAUGAAGAACAGAAUGGAAAUGUUAUAAAUUCCAACCCGCGCCAUAUAAAGAGCAGCGUGAGGAUUGACUUAAGGAAGGAAAAGAGGAGGGAAAAGCGGAGAGAAAAGAGGAAGAGGCAGAGGGAAAAAAAGCGGAAGAAACUCACGGAGGAUUUGAAAAAGGGGGACAGCAAAGGGGGCGGGAAAAAGGAAAGCAAACUCGACCGCAAUAGGGCCAACCCUAGAGAGGGGGAGGACCCCCUUAACAAUGUCAACAACAACCCUGAUUACCUAAAAGGGAAUGCUUCUGACAGAAGUGGAUCCAAAAUUAACAACCACAAUGGCGGUGUGAAGGAAUGUAGCGAACUGGAAUACCUAGAGAACGACUCGAGUGCUUAUGAAGACCUAAUUGAUGACAUGCCCAUUCGAUUCAAAUAUUUCAAAGUUAAGCCGGAAACUUUUAAACUCACCACUGAUUAUAUUUUAAAAACGGACGACGAAACAUUGAACCAGAUUGUCCCCCUACACUAUGUCUCCCCCUACUUCAAGCACGACGGAAAGACCAAACUUCGAGGUUUUAGCGGAAAAAAAGGCGAUACCCAGGAAAAAAACAGAUCGAAAUUUAAAGGGAGGACUGCGGCACGCAAAGGGCGGGGCGACUAA